AGCUAGCUAGCGUGGAUAGAUCAGGACCAGGCAGGGAAGCAGACAUGACAGCCUUCGGGGAACUGAUGCUGCUGGUGCUGGGGCUGAUGGUGACGGCUCACUGUGAGGUUAGGGCUAGAGACCCUGAGGUGGAGGAAGAGGACCAAGACCUGCCUGUGGAGAGAGGAGGCUGGGAUACCCAGGGGGUGGGUGUCCACCCUGGACCUGGGGAGUUUGACAUCCCCCACCAGAGGAAUGGACCCCAUGGCCACAGACCUGAUGUCCCUGGCUCUGCCCACCACCCCGUGGGGCACGGACCACAUGGGCAACCCCAUCAGGCUGGUCCUGGACAACACCCCCUGGGUCUGCUGCCCAAGGAGACAGCACCUCCACCAGGAGAAGGAGGGAGCUACCCAGCCCGCACCGGAAACUGGUGUGCAUUCGUGCACCGCCGCAUUGAAACCAUGGCUGUAUCCUGUGGCAAAGAACAGUACACCAUCAAGUCCCAGAGCCCCUGUCCCAAUGGCACGCCUGACUGCCAACUUGUCAUGUACAAGCUCUCUACCCGGCCAGUGUACAGAGAGAAGCAAAAGAUCUUCACAGCCCUGUUGUGGAGGUGCUGCCCAGGACAUGGAGGGGAGAACUGUGAGGAAACAGUGGCUGAUGGCCAUGUGUCUGACCCGGCGGACCCUACGUUGGCAGGACGACCACAUCCAGGAGACACUGAGCCUCACCACACAGGUGCACAGUCUAGACUCACCCACCAGGCUGAGAGGGAGCAGAAUGACUUCCAGGUGUCGGAGAAUCCUCUGUACGAACCCCAUGCCUCAGAGGCUGACAACAACAACACACACACAGAGUCCCCCUCAUACCCUCGACAGGCCCAGGAGCACAUCCCUCACCAUGGCUACGACCACCCCCACAACCCUUACCCCAACCACCACCAGCGGGACUUCAACCAUGGAGAUCCAAUCAGGGAUGAGGUGGAGGCUGUCCCUCUACUGCCCUACCAAGACUCCCAAUCUCCCCUCCCUCUGCCCCACAUGAUGGCCCUGCUGAUGUCCCAGCUCCAGCCCAUGUUGGAUGGCUUCAACCGCACCUUGGAGCACCUAACCCAGGAGGUCGAGGGUCUGUCCCGGGAUGUGGCUCAGCUCCGGAGCUCUCAGUGGGAGGUAGAGGAGGAGGCCAUGCGCGGAGCAGGGGCUGGAGAGGGUCCCGAAGCCUUGGAGGCUAAGCUGGAGCAGCGUUUCCAAGACAUCAAGGAGGUGAGGAGGGAACUGGAGAGACAUAGAGCUGAGAUGGCGGACAGGCUACACUCCCAGCAUGCCAUGCUGCAUUAUAACAUCUCCAACUUCAAGACAGACAUUGACGUCAAGAUCAAACGCAACCACAAGAUAUUACAGGUUAAUCUCCGGUCCAUGAAUGCCACCCUGUCAGACAUGAAGCUGGAGCAGGAGCGUCUGAGCUUAGUGCUCCAGAGGGACCUGACCAGCCCAGGGGCCAGGAGAGAACCCAGCCAGGUCCAGCCCAGUCAGGCCCAGCAGCCUCCAGAGGACUCAGCAGUGUGGGAGGCUAUCGCCCGUCUGGACAACAAGGUCGUCAACAACACAGUGAGGGUAGAUGCCCUGGUUGAAGACCUAGAUAUGGCCAAUGACAACGUCCUGGACCUGAAGAGGGGCUUCCGAGGCCUUGAGGAGAACAUUGCCCAGACGGGGAGGAACAGCCAGAUCCAGUUCAUGGAGACAGGCCUGGAGGUGGAGGCGGCUAAAGUAGCUGUGCUGAACCGCGUCAAUGAACUGGCCAGCAACCUGACCAUCCGCUCGGAGCAGCUGCAGGAGAUGGAGACUGACAUGGACUACCUGUACACACAGUUCUACCAGAACGUCAGCACUGCCGGAGACUGUGACUGCAAGGCAUUCACCGCCUCCAUCUCCCGCCUGGAGCAGGGCCUGACCAACGUCACUGAGCUGGCCAACGACAACCGGCUGGCCCUGGAUGGGAGUACCGAUGCUGGGUCGGAGCGCUGGGGUCCCUCUGUGGAGGACAUCUACCAGGGGUUGGAUCACGUCAAGGCCUCCCUGGCCUUCGAGCAAGAGAAGAGCAGAACUCUCCAACACAACGUGACUCAGCUGCUGGCCUCCGUCCUGGGCAGCCAGAGGGACGUGCUCAGCCUGCGGGAGAGCGACGAGAGGUUGGCAGCUGAGAUGCGCCACCUCUCCAGCUCCUUUUCCUCUCUGUUGAAGGACGCCAUCCGCCACAAUGACGUGCUGGAGAUGCUCCUGGGGGAUGAGGUGAUGGAGUUCAUGGACUGGCCCCUCCACGAGCAGGAGGCCCACUCCAUCACCGCGCUGCAGAAGAGGCUCCACCACAUGCAGGAGCAGAUCAGGGGCCAGAACCUCAGCCUCACCACCCUGCUGGAGGCCGCCCGGGCAGAGGAGGUCCCGUCCUCAGACGAGCCCUCUGUGCUGGUAGACUUGGCCUCCCGCGGGCUGAAGAGGAGGAGUGGAGACCAGAGGAGUGACCACCUCAUGGACUCAGCAGCCUCUGAGGACCGGCAAGACUACUCGGACAGUGACCUGUGGAGCCUUGCGAAAGCAGUGGAGGAGCUGGGGGAGAAAGUCAACAGGCUGGAGUACAGGCCUUGCCCUGCCAGCUGCAACAACACCAAAGACAGCGCCUCUGAUGAUGUGAAGGCCAAAAUGCAGGCGGAGUUGGCCUGGCUGAGGAAGGUUCUAGAGAAUCAUUUGCGGCUCUUUAAGAAUGUCUUCAGUAACUCAGAGGGGCUGGCCGACUCAGAGAGCACCCUGGAUCUGGACCAGCUGUGGGCCCUGAUGAAGAGGAAGGAAAGGAAGAGACAGAGGAAGCACAACGACAAGAAAGUGGGGAUCAAAGACCAUAUUGGAGAGAGAGCUAACCUUCGCAGCAGGAGGGAUACAUCAGUACUAUCUAAGUUGAGGGACAAUCCCCUGAUGUUUGUGGCCAGAAGCAUACAGCGCAGCAGACCAAGUGACAGUAGCCUGCUGGUGUUUGAGAACACAUCCCUAAACAGUGGCCAGGCGUACUCAACUCACACUGGGGUGUUCCAAGCACCGUUAGCAGGGGUCUACCUCUUCGUGCUAACACUGAACUUUGAACCUGGCCCCUCGCUCUCUGGGCUGAGGAGAGAGAACGGGGAGCUGGCUGCCACUCUGCAUCAGGACAAGAUGGCAUCGUAUGGCCCCGUCACCAGUGUGUGUCUCCUACAGCUGCGGCAGGGAGAGGAGCUCCACCUUGAACUGUAUGGGGGGACUCUGGUGACUGAUGACCCUAACGACAACAUCUUCGCUGGGCUUCUCCUCCAUCACACCACCUGAGGGAGCUGUGUCUGCUCUGCAGUCAGAAGAGAUGUUGGACUGAGCUAAAUCAAUCACUAGACUGACAGCUGCUACGCCCCCCGUGUUUCAAUCCCUUACAUUGAUAUUGGGAGGAGGAGUGUAUAUAGAAGGUUAAGGGAGUAUAAACAUGUUUCCUUUGUCAAACAGUAUACCACUUAAAGCGUUGCAAUACAACUUCCCUGAAGUUAUUGUAGGCUGUUAUAAGGGAAACAGGAGCAUGAGCAUUCUAGACCAUCAAACCAUAUUCUAUAGAAACACUGACUGAGAAUAUAAGGUGGGCUCUUUAAGAUAUAUCACAUGCUCCCCUCCAUGCUACCAUAAUACAGUGCCUUCAAUGCUUUAUGACUGCAACAUUGCUUAUACAUGUUAUAUACAGUGCAUUCUGAAAGUA